AUGCGGGGCAAAAUCAUAUUCGAAGAGCAUAUUGCCAUGCCCGAUGAUGACAAGGACGGCUUUCCCGCCUGCCGCAAUGUGGACAGUCUGAGAGAAGCCUUACUCGACCUUCACGACGCUCGACUGAAGGAGAUGAACGCCAAUGGCGUCGAGUUGGCAAUCAUCUCACAGAACACGCCGGGACCGCAAGGGCUCACCGACCCCAAAGAGUCUGCCGCUUACGCCAAACGGGCCAACGACUAUCUGGCCAAUGUUGUCGACAGAGCACCGUGCCGGUUCGCCGCUUUGGCUGCGAUUCCAAUGCACGAUCCGGAGGACGCUGUUGCAGAAGUGACCAGAUGUAUCAACGAGCUCGGCAUGGUCGGGGUCAACUUAAACGACGGCCAGCAAUAUGUCAACCAGGCAACCGGCCGAAUCAGCGAAUACUUCUACGACGAUCCUCGGUACGAUGUGUUCUGGGCGACAGUCGAGAAAUUGGACGUCCCAGUCUAUCUGCACCCACGGGCCCCCUUGCCCGAUGACAUUCAGAGGCUGUAUGCAACAAGACCAUGGCUGCUAGGACCAACGUACAGUUUCAUCCGAGACACAAGCUUCCAUGUUUUGGCGAUUUGUACCAGUGGCGUAUUUGACCGGUUUCCUGGAGUGAAACUUGCCGUCGGCCAUUUCGGGGAGGGUAUUUUGGCUUAUCUCAGUCGCCUCGACUACUGGUUGGAAAAGCGGGAUCGCGGGCGAGGCCUUCGCAGCCAAAAGACCGUGCGGCAGUACCUGGAGAGCAACGUGUUCAUCACGUCCGCAGGACAUUUCUCUACGCCUGUGCUGCUCCACGCCAUGAGCGAGAUCGGAAUUGACAGGCUUCUCUUCUCUGUCGAUACGCCAUAUGCAAACAUCACAGAGGCGUCGGAAUGGAUCGACACAUUACCCAUCAGCCAUGGGGACGUGGAGAAGUUUGGUCGUACAAACGCGCUGAAGCUCUUCCCCAGACUGGCUACGCGGUUACGGAGUGAUGAAGUAGCGAAGGAGCAGCGUGACAGGCAGCGUGUGCUGUUUACGGUGAAUGCUGGGUUUGAGCAGGACUGA